CGAAGAUGAGGCUUGCGAUGCCAUCAGCGACCAUCCCCGCUCCGUCCUGCUCUCCGCGGCUCUGCGUGGACUGAGACCAGACUCGCAUGGCUUCUCUGCCAGCGUCAGAGCGGAGAGCAUUCGCUCUCAAAAUCAACAGACACUCCUCGGCGGAGAUCCGGAGACACUUCAGUGGGAUCAGCCAUGGUUCCCUUCCUCACCACCGGCACAGUUACAGCACCUCUGGCUCUUUCUGCUUCAACGUACCUCAGUCAUAUGAAGCAGUUGAGCCGGUGGACCUGGAUGAGUUCCUGAUGUCACAGCUGCGCAGUGGAGAUGCCGAGCUCAUGCAGGAGUUGGGGGAGUUUCCAGACGACGACCUGGAGGUGGAGCUGGUGGAGAGGGAAUGCAGGACCAUCCGCCCCUCUGUCCCUGAGGAAGGAGUGGAGCUGGAUCCUCAUGUGAGGGACUGUGUUCAGAGUUACACGCAGCCCUGGCUGGUGGUUAGCAGAAAAUCUCAGGGUUAUGGAUGGAUUGCGUACGCCGAGAGGACGGAUGCUAGCAGAGCCUUACAGAGACAGACGUUUGAGUCUGACGUUGACCCUGACAAACAAGAGCAAGUCGAAAAGUCGCCAUCCCUGCCCGCACUGUGUGAUGAUUCAACUCGGACCACCCUCACAUGCUCAGACUUCAACUUACGGGCCCUGCAGCCGGACCGUCGUGUGGAGAGCCUCUUGCGCUAUAGCAGCCCAGAGGAGCUGGAUCGUUUCAACCAGGAGGCCAGAAAUAGCAACCGCUAUGGCGAGCUCUUCGGCCUCUACCCACCUAUUGAUGAGGAGGAUGCAGUAGCAAUUCGGCCUAUUCCCGACUGUCCCAAGGAGCACUUUGGACAGAGGAUACUAGUGCGAUGCCAGACCAUCAAAUUUGAAAUUGAAAUUGAGCCCCUCUUUGCAACCAUGGCCCUCUAUGACCUGAAGGAGAAGAAGAAGAUUUCAGAGAACUUCCACUUUGACAUGAACUCGGAUCAGACGAAGGGUUUCCUGCGGGCCCACACUCCCCACACUGACCCCUCCUCUUCGGCCAGAUCUGCAAUUUUCUCAAUCUCCUACCCUUCUCCAGAUAUCUAUCUGGUUGUUAAGAUUGAGAAGGUUCUCCAGCAGGGAGAGAUCGGGGAUUGUGCUGAACCAUACAUGGUACUGAAGGAGAGUGACACUACUAAGAACAGAGACAAGCUGGAUAAGCUGAGGAAUCAGGCGGAGGGGUUUUGUCAAAGACUGGGCCGCUACAGGAUGCCAUUCGCCUUUGCAACAGUUAACAUCAUGAGUGCUAUCAACUCCACCCUGGAGCGAGACAUAAGUGACACAGACAGUAUGAACGGCAGGAGUAGUUUGGAAAAGAAGGGAUUGCCCAGACGUAACUCUGACAGAUUCAGCAUGAUGGAGGACAACUAUAUCCUAUCUGGCUUCAAACCAGCUCUUACCAUGUGCACAUUCAUCAAGCAGGAAGGAGAGCGUCUGAGUGACGAGGACCUGUUCAAGUUCCUGGGGGACAUCAAGAGGUCGUCCAGUCAGCGACGUGUUAAAAUCAUACCUGGUUUUCUGAGACUGGAAGUGUCUCCAAUGCCAGAGACGGUUCCUGGGUGUCUGUCCCCAGAACUGAUUCCAGUGAAGCCAGUUUUUGAGAAAAAUCCACGGGCGGUUAAAGAAGUACUGGAGUUCCCUUCCAGUGAAGUCUAUGUGCCUCACAAUAUAUAUCGGAACCUGCUGUUUGUGUAUCCUCUGAGGUUGAAUCUUACUAACCGUUUGACUUCAGCCAGAAACAUUACGGUUAAAAUCCAGUUCAUGUGUAGUGAGGAUACUAGCUGUGCCAUGCCUGUAAUCUUUGGAAAAUCAAGCGGCCCUGAGCUUCUUCAAGAGGUCUACACUCCAGUCACAUAUCACAACAGGUCUCCUGAUUUCUAUGACGAGAUAAAAAUCCAUCUUCCAGCCCGUUUAACAGAGAAACAUCACUUACUGUUCACCUUUUACCACAUCAGCUGCCAGCAGAAACAGAACCAGACUGGAAGUUUGGAGACUCUCAUUGGAUAUUCAUGGUUACCCAUGCUGAACAAUGACAGGCUGCAGACUGGGCAGCAGUGUCUGCCAAUCGUUCUGGACAAACUUCCUGUGAACUAUUCCCUGCAUUCCCCAGAGAAACUGCCAGCUCAGGUACCUCCUGUUAAGUGGUUGGAGAAUCAUAAGGGACUGUUGAACCUUGAGUUACAAGCUGUGUCCUCAGUCCAAACACAGGACAGUCACCUGGAGCGUUUCUUUACUCUGUGUCACGCCCUGGAGGGCAAAACCAUAUUCCCUAUCCGAGUGAGAGAUGAGAAGAUUUCUGAAAACAUGUUUGAGCACGAGCUGAAGCUCAGCAUCAUCUCCCUAUCGUCCUCUGGCCUGGAGCCGCUGGUGCUGUUUCUCCAUCAGGUCCUUGACAAGCUCUUCCGUCUCAUCAUGCAGCCCAUGGUCAUUGCUGGACAGACUGCAAAUCUGGCCCAGAUUGCAUUUGAGUCAGUGGUGUCGGUUGUCAACAGUCUUCACAACAGUCAGGAGCUGGCAAAGGACCAUCAGGGCAGGAACUGUCUCCUAGCAACAUACCUGUAUUUUGUGUUCCGCUUGCCAGACACACAACAUGAAAUCCACACCACAGGCACAGGAGGUCUGAUGGCUCACCCAGAGAGCCGAUACAGCACUCUGACUCGCACCACGGCCACCACGGUCGGCUUCAUGCUGCUUCAGUCACGCAUGCGUUCCAGCAGCAACCCUGAUAUACCAGCACCGCAGAGCCCAGAGGACGCAGAGGUCAAUAACAUUCUAGGAAAGGGUUUAAAUCUUCCUGGCAGUCGCAUUUCAACAGCUGGAAACGUCUCCAAUACUUCACAAAGCUCAAGCACACGGCCCACAAACAGAAAGUUAUUCCAUGAGGAGCUGGCUCUUCAGAUGGUGGUCAGCACUGGAGUCUGCAGAGAGAACGUCUACAAAUACGCCUGGUUCUUCUUUGAACUUCUUGUGAAGAGCAUGACCCAGCAUGUGUCUCAGCUGGAUAAGAAGGCAGUCUCUCGUAGGAAUCGGUUUUCGGAUCGUUUCAAAGAUGACAUCACCACGAUUGUCAACGUGGUGACUGCUGAGAUUGGAAACAUUUUAGUAAAACAACAAAAGGAGCUGGAGCAGGCAGAGAAGGUUAACAUCAGCCUGGCUUUCUUCCUGUAUGACCUGAUGUCUCUGAUGGACCGAGGCUUUGUGUUUCAGCUGGUGAAGAAUUACUGCAACCAGAUGGCAGCAAAGAGUGUGAACGUGUCGACUUUGAUCAGUAUGAGGUUGGAGUUUUUGAGGGUCCUGUGCAGUCAUGAGCAUUACCUCAACCUGAGCCUGUUCUUCAGCAGCCCUGCUUCUGCUCCCGCCUCCCCGUCACCCUCCACCUCCUCACAGACCUCCAGCUCAUGCAGUUUUCUGGACCAUAAGAUCGCAGCCAUGUUUGAUCUGUCACAAGACUUUAAGCAGCGGCAUUACUUGACCGGACUGCUGCUGACUGAGCUCAGCACUGCAUUGGACAUGGAGUCAGAGGGGGGGAGAGUACAACAAAAGGCCAUCAAUGCCACAUACAGCUUAUUGUGCGCUCACGAUCUGGACCAGCGCUGCUCGAGGCCAGAGGUCAAGGCUAAGAUUGCUGCUCUCUACCUCCCUCUAGUGGGCAUCAUCAUCGACUCCAUCAAUUACCUUGACUUCACAGUAUCUGACUCGCGUGGUGGUAAAGGCAAGUCCGGUGGGCCUGAGGAAGAUCCUGACAGCAUCACCCCCAUCAAUCAAUCUGUUGCAAUGGCAAUCGCUGGAAAUCCUUUCAACACUUUAACGAGAAAUGCACUGGUCUCUAUGGCCUCUGUGACGGGGAAAACUAGCAACAUGUUGACAGCAGAGACCAGUCGCAAUCUGCUCAUGUGUUUCCUGUGGAUUAUCAAGAACGCAGAUCAGAAUCUGAUCCAGCGUUGGACUGUAGACAUGCCUUCAUCUCAGCUGAGCCGUCUGCUGGAGCUUCUCGCCAUCUGCAUCUCCUGCUUUGAGUACAGGGGGAAGCAGAGUUCUGAUAAGGUGAGCACACAGGCCCUGCAGAAGUCUCAGCAGGCUAAGGCUCGUCUGGAGGAGGCUCUGCUGGGAGGAAUCGGAGCCAGAGGACAAAUGAUGAAAAGGGUGGGAGGUAACGACCGGACGCUGGGUCAGAGAGAGAACCUACGCUGGAGGAAAGACCUUACACAGUGGCGCCAGACAAACGACAGGCAGGACAAAUCCAAAGCAGAGCUGGAUCAGGAGGCCAUAAUCAGUGGUAACCUGGCAACUGAGACCAACCUCAUAGUCCUGGACCUGCUGGAGAUGAUCGUACAGGCAGUUCCUCUGGCGGACUGUAAGGAUAAUGUGGUUGGUGGAGUGUUGAAAGUUCUGCUGCACUCUCUCACCUGUAAUCAGAGCACCACCUUCCUGUCACACUGUUUCAGCACCCUAAGGGCUCUCAUAGUUAAGUUUGGUGACCUGUUGUUUGAGGAGGAGGCCGAGCAGUGUGCUGACCUGUGUCAGAAGGUUCUUCAUUACUGCAGCAGCUGUGUGGACGGCAACAGGAGUCAAGCUUGUGCUACACUGUACCUGAUCAUGAGAUACAGCUACAGCUCCGCUAGUAAUUUCUCCAGAGUCAAGAUGCAGGUGACAAUGUCUUUAGCCUCGCUGGUCGGCAAGUCUUCAGACAUCCAUGAGGAGUACCUACGCCGCUCUUUCAGAACUAUCCUAGCAUACGCGGAAGAAGACACGGAAAUGCAGUCUACACAGCUGCCCUCACAGGUGGAUGAACUCUUGAGGAAUCUAAACAGUAUCCUCUCAGAUACAGUCAAAAUGAAGGAGUUCCAAAAAGAUCCUGAGAUGCUCAUGGACCUCAUGUAUAGGAUCGCAAAGGGUUACCAGACAUCUCCAGACCUGCGUCUAACCUGGCUCCAAAACAUGGCAGAGAAGCACAACGGCAGGAAGUGCUUUACAGAGUCAGCCAUGUGUCUGGUCCAUGCCGCGGCCCUGGUGGCUGAAUAUCUCAGCAUGCUGGAGGAUCACAAAUACUUGCCUGUGGGCAGCGUCACCUUUCAAAACAUCUCUCCUAACGUGCUGGAGGAGUCUGCAGUCUCAGACGACAUAUUGUCUCCAGACGAGGAUGGGGUAUGCUCGGGACGCUACUUCACGGAAAAUGGCCUAGUUGGGCUUCUGGAACAGGCUGCUGAGCUAUUCAGCAAUGGCGGGUUGUAUGAGGCAGUUAAUGAGGUAUACAAGGUAAUCGUGCCUAUACUGGAGGCCCACAGAGAUUUCCGGAAGCUCGCUUCCACACAUGACAAGCUCCAAAGGGCUUUUGAGAACAUCAUUCAAAAGGUAAAGCAUAUAAAUGACAUGUCCUCCUACAUGACUCUGCCAGGCAGGAAGAAGCUGUCUAGUGCGAUCAUGAUCUAUAUGCAUGUGGGCAGCUGGACAGAAAUAGGGAAGUUAAUGUGCUGUGACAUGCUUUACUUCAUAUAAAACGAUUUUAAACUGCAUUUUGCUGUUUUUUUUUUUAAAUAGCUAUUUUUAAAUACAUUAAGUUUUAUGAACACUAAUAUGAGCCCUAAUUGAGGAGCAUAAAUUGAGACGCUAUGUAAUUUUAACGAGCUGUUCUUCACACCACAAAAAAAAAAAAAAAUGUUGAAGAAAGCUGCUAGUAACUUUCACAAAUUACAAAGCAUCAGCAAGUCGUCACCUUGGAAUUAUAAGGUUCUAUCUGCAUUCUGAGUGGUUUUGAGAUAUUGAGCUUCAAAGUUUUUGCAUUACAUAUAGCAAAAAUGAUAUGGGGAACAAGUCUCUUUCCUACAUGAAAAUGACAGAGACCCUAAAUGUAUUCCAAAUGUACAAUAUCAAAAUCCUCUCAAAUUUUUAAAUGGGGAUUUUUGGAACAGGUCA